AGAGCUGGAACUUUCUGUCUUGAAAUCUUUUCCUCUAGUCCACAUAUGGGACAAUUCAGGUUCUGGAACAAAAUGUGCUUCUUGCCUCCACUCAGGAGGUCCACUGAAGCUGAAGGGAGGAAUUUCUUUUUCUGAGCGGUAACGGCUCCCUACCAGUCCUGGACAAUCUGUCCUGAUGCUUGAAAUGACACCUAGGACAGUGCUACUAUAGUAGAAGCCCGGUGCUAGCUAGUUGUGGUGAAGUUUAAAUUAAUUAAUGUGCACUCUGUAGUUAACACAGCACCUGCAAUUUCAGGAGCACUAAAGUUGGAAGUCUUCAGAACAGGAGAAAAUGGAAGACAAGCACACGUUACCCCAGUUCAUCCAGAAUAUAUUAUCCACAUCUCACUCUCUGUUUAUGAGAAGUAUUAAAGGAAGCAAUGAAGAAUUCACCACCACCUAUGACUAUGACUACAGCCUUCCCUGUUACAAACCAGACGUGAAGUACAUCGGAGCCCGGCUCCUGCCCCCGCUCUACUCGCUGGUGUUCAUCUUCGGUGUCGUGGGCAACCUGCUGGUCGCCCUCAUCCUGAUCAACUGCAAAAAGCUGAAGAGCAUGACUGACGUCUACCUGCUCAAUCUGGCCAUCUCUGACCUGCUUUUCCUUCUCACCCUCCCAUUCUGGGCUCACUAUGCUGCAAACGAAUGGAUCUUCGGAGAUGUCAUGUGUAAAUUAUUCACGGGGCUGUAUCAAAUCGGUUAUUUUGGAGGAAUCUUUUUCAUCAUCCUCCUGACCAUCGAUAGGUACCUGGCUAUUGUCCAUGCUGUGUUUGCUUUAAAAGCAAGGACAGUCACUUUCGGGGUGGUGACCAGUGUGAUCACCUGGGUGGCGGCCAUGUUUGCUUCUGUCCCAGGAAUCAUCUUUACUAGAUUUCAAGAAGAAAAUAACUCCUGUGGCCCACAUUUUCCAUUAAGAUGGAAGAAUUUCCAUACAAUAAUGAGGAAUGUCUUAAGUCUGGUGCUGCCACUGCUCGUCAUGAUCAUCUGCUACUCCGGGAUCCUGAGAACCCUGCUUCGGUGUCGGAACGAGAAGAAGCGGCACAAGGCUGUGAGGCUCAUCUUUGUGAUCAUGAUUGUCUACUUUCUUUUCUGGGCUCCCUACAACAUCGUCCUCCUCCUGACCACCUUCCAGGAACUCUUUGGCCUGAGUAACUGUGAGAGCAGCAGUCGGCUGGACCGAGCCAUGCAGGUGACGGAGACUCUCGGGAUGACACACUGCUGCAUCAACCCCAUCAUCUAUGCCUUCGUCGGGGAGAAGUUCAGAAGGUAUCUCUCGGUGUUCUUCAGAAAGCACAUCGCCAAGCGCCUCUGCAAACAAUGUCCAGUUUUCUACAGGGAGACAGCAGAUCGAGUGAGCUCCACAUACACCCCUUCCACUGGGGAGCAGGAUGUCUCCGUUGGUUUGUGAAAUGAGUGACAAUUUGCUUGUUGUAUUUUAAGGGAGAAAACAAUCCUUGUGUAAUCAAGCCUCUGUUGAAGAAGAGAGACCUAAAAAUCAGGCACCCACGAACCUCAGGGCCAUACCAGGAGUGACUCCUAUCACUCUUUGCAUCUCUAAUGCACGCUCAGGGAAUAUUCCAGAACAACUGUGGGUGGAGACUUUGGCUGCUGUUCCUGCCUCCUGGUGCCUUCUUUCCCCACAGUCCUUAUCAUGUCACUCUUGGCUGUACAAUUGUCACCACUCCAAAAGACAAUUUGUGAAGGUCCAGGGGAAUAGACCAAGGGACAAUAUGAAGGAAACUGCAUACACAUACACCCUCAGAUGGUCACAGAAGAGGAAUAGCAAGAGGUGGGGACACUGGGUCAUGUCCUUAGGGACAAGGAGACUGGAGACAGAAGUGACAGAGGCCCCUGCAUUGAAAAUCACACAUCUUGACCUGCAACUCUCAGUGUCUCAAUUGCCAGGCAGGGUAAGCCUAGAUGAGAAAGAUUCUAGAUGGGUUGGGAACAAAUGUUUCACAGUCUACCUUCCAGAGUCUUAUUUUUUGAUACAGUCAUAGAGUUCAGACAUUUUUUUAAAUAGAAAAAAAAUAAGACUGAAAAUUAUGACUUGGAAACAUGAUGAAGCAUUCUUUUAAGAGUUAUCUAUUUUCCCACACCUGAAAAUAUUAUAUUAGUUAAGAGUGACAACUCUGACUAGCUUAAAAACUCAGAGCCUGCUAUGUGUUUGGGGGACUGGGGAGCAGACACGCAUGGCUCCUGGCUGGCAGGGACUUGGGGUCUAGGUCUGUGGGUGUCCAAGCAGGAGAAUCAUCUGGAUCAUAGCACAUACUCCACAGUGGCUGUCUCUACCGUGGCUUCAUUCUCUCAGGCUUGUUGCCCCGAAUCUGUUUUCUGUCAUGAUGAAGUUAUGGAUUUAAACAUUUUCAAGUGCUUCAGUGCCUUGCAGAUGACCUUGCUGAUAACAAGUUGUCCCCUUUGGGCCAGAGGGAACUCCUAAAUCAAGUGAGCUCCUAAUCUGAGCUCUAAAGUAAAGGACGGGUUUGGAGAAGCUUGCUUGAGUGAGCAUGGGCCUUCCUCCUGGUUGGACCACAUUAAAGAUGCUCUUACCUGUCACCUGGUGCGUUACUGAUCUGAUGGAAACAAGAAACACUGGAACCAGGCAACUCGGGAGCUGGAAGUUACUAAUGUAUAAUAACUUCAUUUUACCACAUAGCUAGAGAUUUCUGGAAGGUGGGGCAAUUGGGGGGGAAUGUCACCUUCAGAUAUCCUAACAAAUGCAUAUGACUUGAUUUCGAUGAUGAUCAAAUGUAAAUAUUGGA